UUCAAUGGUGGAAGUGUGCGAUUCUCGUGCUCGGCCCACCGCGACUUAUUCCAGGACUAUGUUGAAUUGAUCACAGUCAAACCUCUAACGCCGUUCUCCAGAGAUGGCUGCAAUGACAGAUGCUUAUAUGAGCUUCCUGCAAGGAAUAAAUUCGAGGAGCUUCCCGCGAAUAAAGUUGAGGUCGAGUUCCGCUCAAGCAUCCAGCUGCCUGAACGACUCGCUGCAGCACCGAUGUCACUCGCAAGAAAGUUUCGUUGACUUAGGUGAGGAAAAUCAGGAUGUCUUCCGAAGGAGCACCUCACUGCCCUCAUUGGACCAAGUAGAUGGAUACCUCAGCAACUCUCUGUCACCAGGGCAGGGUCAAGAAAGCACAUCUGAAGCAGUAAAGAAUCGAGUUCGGGGUUGGUGGGCCAACAUGAAAUAUGGCUGGAAUGCGAUGAACUCAGGCGCACAGAUCGACAUCAGUGAUCUCAGUGGAGCCGAUCCCAUCUACUUACUGGGACAUGUGUACCACAAUAAAAACAAUUCGGCCUCCUUCAAAAAUUUCUUCGCGGAUUUCUCGACCCGCUUAUGGUUCACCUACAGACAAGAUUUCCAGCCUAUGCAAAGCACGGGUCAUACAAGCGACUCAGGAUGGGGCUGUAUGUUGCGAUCGGCGCAGAUGAUGUUAGCCGAAGCAUUUAUAUUCCACCUCCUGGGCCGUCAGUGGCGGUGGUGUCCGCAACAACAGCAACAAGAACAUGGAGUCCAUCGGAAAAUCAUCAAGUGGUUUUCGGACGAUCCCGAUACGACCGAAGCUCCGUUCAGUGUUCACAACAUGGUCAGAGCCGCCGCUCAUUGCGGGAAGAAGGCAGGUGAUUGGUUCGGUCCGUCGACAGCUGCCUAUCUGCUGAAAAGAUGUCUCGAAGAAGCAGCUGGAGUAGCUGAUUCCAAAGAGAUCUUUGAGCAGAUGGCCAUUUACGUAGCCCAGGACUGCACAAUCUAUACGCAAGACGUCCUCGAUUUGUGCACAAGUGAUCCGAACAUCGAAUGGAAAUCCGUAGUGUUGCUCAUUCCUGUUCGAUUAGGGGGCGAGCGCGUGAAUGUAAAUUACAUUCAUUGCAUAAAAGAAAUCCUCGCGUACCAAAACUGCCUCGGCAUCAUCGGCGGGAAGCCGCGGCACUCCCUCUACUUCGUGGGUUUCCAAGGCAAAAAACUGGUCUACCUCGACCCGCAUUACCUGCAGAAAACCACAGAUACGUCGAGAUUGAAUUUCUCUGUGAAUAGCUUUCAUUGCACAACGGCGCGGAAAGUAUCAUUCUCCAAGCUAGACCCUUCGGCCACAAUCGGAUUCUACUGCAAGACCCGGAGAGAUUUCGAGAGCUUCCAAUCUAUUAUGCAGAGCGUCACCGAAUCUUGUCCACAGAACCAAGGCUACCCCGUUUUCAUCAUCAGCGAGGGGAGUUCAGCGCUGGUGAACCAAUUGAAUCCGCUGGAGACUUCUCAGGAGAGAAUCCUCCGGGUCCACCGGAAUAUCAUCACGCCUCAAGGCACCGUUCGGCGGGAGUCGGAGGAAUACGUGGUUCUCUGAUGUGUAUUACGCGUCCGAGAGCUUCGCGCCGUAUCCAUCCGGGAUCAUCGUUGAAAUUGACCGCGUAAACUUUCUCAAAUGUCGCUGACGGGUGCGGAGCUCUAGAUCGACUCCCAGGCACCAUCCUGGCGGAUAAGUCGUCGAUACGUGUACAUAUGAAGCCCUCAUUCAAAGCGCGCAACAACAACUCUUCAAUGUAAAGAAGGGGCAAACCCUUGUAAAUAAACACGAACUCCGU